AUGGUUAAGUUACCUCAAAAAUUGCUUAUAUUAGCUCAACUGGAACAAUCUUUCCAGACGUUUUAUGUAUGUACCGCGGUGCGCAAGUUUUUCUUCUUCCUUGACCCCCUUCGAGCGGGCCGUGUCCGGAUCACAGAUAUCUUGGCCAGCGGAUUUCUCGACUCCAUGCUCGAACUGCGUGAAACGGAGACAACCGAGGCACAAUUGGCCAAUAAUUGGUUCAGUUUGCAAUCGGCCAUGAGAGUCUAUGGUAGCUAUUUACAGCUGGAUGCUGACCGAAACGGAAUGCUCACACGAUCCGAAUUAUCUGGUUUUGGCAAUGGAACGUUAACUGAAGCUUUCUUGGACCGUGUGUUCCAGGAAUGCAUCACCUUUGAGGGUGAGAUGGACUACAAGGCUUAUUUGGAUUUCGUGUUAGCCAUGGAGAACAAACAGACACCGCAAGCGUUGGCUUAUCUAUUUCGCAUUCUAGACAUGGGCGGUCGAGGUCGCCUAACCGGAUUGACCUUGCGCCAUUUCUAUAUGGCCGUGGAACAACGGCUACGUAUUGCCGGACAUAAUCCACCCUGUUUCAAUGACAUCCAGGAUGAGAUUUUCGAUAUGGUCGGUCCGGCCAAUCCGCAGUACAUUACGUUGGAUGAUCUGCUGCGCUGUGGAAAAGGAGAUACGGUUGUCAAUAUACUGACCGAUAUCGAAGGCUUUUGGACUCAUGAAAAUCGUGAAGUGUUCAUGGCCGAUGUGCCAGACGAAGCCGAGCUGUGA